AUGUCGUAACUUUUGUUGCGCAUUGGAUUUCUUUGCACAGAUCAUUGCGUUUGCAGCGAACCGUUUAUGUCAACUGUGAAAUUGUUCCUGAGGUUAAUUGUGUUUAUGGCUCACGGUGGAAAGUGAAUUUUAAGCGACGAUGACGCCGCAAUUUUUAAAGUUGGUUUAUCACAAUAAAAUAAUUGUAAUAUUAGCAAUUACGACAUUUAGCUUUUUUGUGUGUACAGUUGCACUCUCUACUCGUAAACUGAAUACAGUGUGUAUACCGAUUGACAAUCAAAGGCAAAAUAUAUUUAAUAAAUCUUCGUACAUAAUUCCUCGUACUACGCCUAAAAAUGAAGAAAAAAAUAAUAUCAGACUUUCUAAAGAUGUAAAACCUUUAAAUUACACUCUGAGAUUGUGGCCCAAUUUAAAAGAUAAAACAUAUCAAGGAAGCGUCAAAAUAACAUUGGAUAUAAUAAAACCUGUUAAUAUUAUCGAAUUCCACGUAAAGGAUAUUAGAAUAAAUAUUGUAUCGAGUAAAACAAUAAGCGGAGCAGACGUGAUUUUCAACACGACAAAAGAACUGAAGGAAUUGGAAAAGUAUCAAUUGAUUUAUGCAGACAAAGUAUAUGCAGGAUUGUAUCAACUAUUCAUAGAUUUUUCUGGAAGACUUGACAAAGGAAUCGUGGGAAUAUAUGCAAGCACAAUGACAAAUGGCGAUACUAUGGUGGCAAGUAAAUUUCAGCCAACAUAUGCUCGCCAGGCAUUCCCAUGUUUUGAUGAGCCUGACUUCAAAGCUACAUAUGACAUAAUGCUGGUGAAGCCUAUUGAUUAUGUAGCACUCUCAAACAUGAAUGAAAUAUCAAGGACUUUAGAUCCUAAGACAGAAAUGGAAGAAGUCACUUUUGCAACAAGUGUACCCAUGUCUACCUACUUAGCAUGUUUUGUUGUAUGCAAUUUUGACUUCAAAGAAACGACAAUCAAUGCUAAUGGUAUAGGAAAAAAUUUCACACUCAGGUCAUUUGCUCAAAAGGAUCAGACACAUAAAAUUGAUUUUGCUCAAGAUAUUGGAAAGAGAGUGACUGAGUUUUAUAUUCAGUAUUACAAAGUGCCAUUUCCAUUACCAAAGCUUGAUAUGAUAGCUAUUCCUGACUAUGUGUCAGGUGCAACAGAACAUUGGGGACUGAUAACUUAUAGAGAAACUUCUUUCCUAGUUGAUGCAACAAAAGCAUCGUCAAGAAACAAAAUCAGUGUUGCAAGUACCAUUGCUCAUGAGUUAGCUCAUAUGUGGUUUGGUAAUUUGGUUACUAUGAAAUGGUGGGAUGAAGUAUGGCUGAAUGAAGGUUUUGCAUCGUACAUGCAGUUUAAAGCUUUGAAUGCUAUUGAACCUUCUUGGACCAUGCUGGAUCAAUUUCUGACAAGGACUCUUCACUCAGUUUUAGUGACUGAUGCCAAACUUUCAAGUCAUCCAAUUGUUCAAACAGUGGAGACACCAGAUCAAAUCACUGCUAUAUUCGACUCUAUUUCUUAUAACAAGGGGGCAUCUGUUCUGAGGAUGUUGGAAGGAUUUAUAGGUGAGGAAAACUUCCGUGAGGGUGUGUCGGAGUAUCUACAGAAAUAUAAAUUCGGAAACACUGUGACUCCAGAGUUAUUGAUGUGUUUAGAACCGCACUUUAAAAAAGAUAAUUCAAACUUAAGUUUACAGUACAUAAUGGACACCUGGACUAAACAAAUGGGAUAUCCAUUAAUAAAUGUAAAACCAAAAAUAGGAACUAAAAACACUUAUGUUUUAACGCAAUCAAGAUUUCUCUUGGAUCCAAAUGCCACAUACAAUGAUGAUUCUGACUUUCACUAUAAAUGGUUUAUUCCUAUCACUUACACUACAAGUAAAGGCCAAAAUCAGAGUAUCUUAUGGUUCCCAGAUACUGCAGAAAAUGUUGAAUUGACUCUUAGUGAAGGAGAUAAUUGGAUAAAAAUAAACAACAACCAAGUGGGAUACUACCGAGUUAAUUAUCCUCUGGAUAUGUGGGAAAAACUCAUGGGACAACUACAAUCAAAAUCUGAUAACUUAACGAUAUCAGAUAGAACUCAUCUUUUAAACGAUGCAUUCGCUUUGGCAGAGGCUGGCCACUUACCUUACGAUACAGCGUUGAAUCUCACGACCUACCUCACUGGAGAAAAGGAUUAUGUGCCUUGGGAUAAUGCUGCUGCGAUCUUUAGCAAAUUGUCAGACAGAUUAUAUAAUACAACGGAUUAUGAUAAUUUAAAUAAAUAUGUGCAGCAUCUUGUAAAACGGCUGUAUUUGGAGCAAAGUUGGGCAAAGACUGACUUAGGCAUUAUAGAAGGUCUCCUCCGCACAAAAAUCCUUGCCUUCGCGACCUCUUACGGUUUGCCGGACGCUGAGAAAACUGUACGCGAGAUGUUCCUUGCCUGGCUCGACUCCUACGGUACGACAAGCGCGAAGAACAUCGAACCAGAAUUGCGAGAUUUUGUCUAUGUACAAGGAAUGAGAAAUGCUUCAAUGGAAGAGUGGGAUAAAUUAUGGCGCAUUUAUCAAAUGGAGGAAGAUGUGCAAGAACAGACAAAAAUAAGAACAGCACUAAGUGCUCCAAAGGAUGCGGAUAUACUCAGAAAAUAUUUAGACCUUGCGUGGGAUGAGAAAAACAUUCGCAGUCAAGACUAUUUGAAUGUACUAAGUAUUAUAAGUUCGAACCCAUCUGGGACCGCGCUAGUGUGGGAUGAAGUUCGUUCGAAUUGGCCACGGUUGGUCGACAGGUUCACUUUGAAUAGCAGAUAUCUGGGAAAUCUUAUACCUAGCAUUACCAGUACGUUUAAUACGCAGGAAAGAUUGCAAGAGAUGGUGAUCUUUUUUGAAAAAUACCCAGAAUCGGGUGCUGGAGCUUCAGCUCGUAAACGAGCACUUGAAAAUGUUCAAAAUAAUAUUCAAUGGUCUUCUCAAUACAAAGAUGUUGUGGCUUCGUGGCUGGAAAAUCAUCUUAAAACAAUCGAAUAAUAUUUAAAAUCAUCUUAAAAUAAUUGGAUAAUAUUAAUAUUUAUUUAUCUUUCAAAUCAAUGCAUAUUAAAUAAAGUAUAAGCUGAA